UCUGAGGCGCCGUAUAUUACGAGCCUCUGAUUGGUCUACACUGAAAACGUUUUGAGAACGGACAGCAGAUCACAGUCAAGAUGAGUCUCCGAAAGCAAACCCCGAGUGACUUUCUCAAGCAGAUAAUUGGGAGACCUGUGGUGGUCAAACUGAACUCUGGUGUCGAUUACCGAGGUGUCCUUGCCUGCCUGGAUGGCUACAUGAACAUUGCCAUUGAGCAGACUGAGGAGUAUGUUAAUGGGCAGCUCAAGAACAAAUAUGGUGAUGCUUUUCUAAGAGGAAACAAUGUUCUCUACAUCAGCACCCAGAAGAGGAAAGUCUAGUGAAGACCAUUCUGUAUUUUUGUUUUUAUUUUCAGAGGACAAGUGUUUUUUUUAGUUGUGUAAAGGUUCAAUACUGAAGAAUGUUUGUUUUUUGUAAAAGUGGAAUAAGUUAAUAAAUCCAGAGUUUUGA